AUGGCAGUGCUAAACCUAGCUGAGAAUACAUUGAAACCAAACAGACCACAAUUCUAUCUCCAAAGAGCAAAUGUAACAUCUUUAUGGGCUUUUCUUUUAUCCAUUUUCAUCUACAUUUCCAUCUUCUAUAGCUUCAACCUCUCUCCUUCCACCCUCCUCAACACUACCAAGUUCUGGUUUUUCAUUUCCAACACUCUCAUUCUCAUCAUUGCUGCGGAUUUUGGUGCAUUCUCUUCAUCAAAAACACAAUCCGACCUCUACGAAGAGUACGUGAAAAAAAGUCAAGCAAAUAGCUUUCCAUCAUUUGAAUCACAAUACCGGGAAAUUGUCGAGACAAGCACUGCACAACAAAAUUUUGGCCAUGGUGUAUGCCUUUGUAAAGAAAGUCCAGAGAAAAUCAAAGAGGUGGUUGUCGUUCACAAGAGCGAAUUCCCAGAAAAUAAAUUGGAAAAUUUCAAAAAGAAUGAUUUGGAAAGGUCUAGUGACAAUUUUCAAGAAAAGAUACCGGAAUUCAGUCCAGAAGUUGACAAUGAAGCUCAAGAGGAAAAGAAAAAUGAAGCAAGAUGUGUUCAUAGCAUGUCGAACAGAGAUAUUCCAGCCAUCAACAAUGAAAACAAGAUUAUUCUAGGCAAGUCAGAGAAUGAAAAGAAAGAAGAAAAUGAGUUUUCAAACAUGUCAGAUGAAGACCUGAAGAGAAGAGUUGAGGAGUUCAUUCAAAGAUCUAACAGGCAAAUUCGGCUCCAAGCGGUUCAAUAUCGGAUCUGCCAAAGUUAG